GCUGUCACCGUCAGCGACUUCCAGCGUUGCAAGUUAUUGUCCUUUACGAGCUCAUUUUUCUCUUGUUUAACACCGUGAACGAUAUUUAACGAAGCAGUAGGUGUUACUCAAGAUUGUUUUCUGUUGUCGAGUGGCGUGAUUAGCAGGAUGAGUUCUGAGGGGGGUGGUAAGCCGGUGCGAGUGGGCUCCCUGGUAGAGGUGAUUGGUAAAGGACAAUGCGGCACGGUAGCAUACAUUGGCGCAACACUCUUUGCCACGGGCAAGUGGGUUGGGGUCAUCCUGGACGAGCCCAAGGGCAAGAAUGACGGCACUGUCCAGGGCAAGUCCUACUUCACCUGCAAGGAGAAUCAUGGGAUAUUCGUCCGGCAGUCUCAGAUCCAGGUGAUUGAAGACGGAGGAAGCUCUGCUACCUCUCCAGACACACCUGAGUCAGGUGCUUCCAGAGUGCCUCGCAAAGAAAUUGCAGAAAGCGCUGGGAAAGGAGUUAAGCAGACUCCAACUACGAAAAAGUCUGCUGUGCGCCGUAGUACCAAGACUGGUCGUCCCUCUGCAACUGGUCCUGGUCUCUCAGCAUCAGAGAGUGAGCCUGCUGUUCCUUCUCAGACCAUCCUGGUAGCUCCCAUGAUGCCGCAGUCCAGCGCCACCCCUAGUAGCCCUGCCCAGUCCACCUCCAGUAAGGAGGAGGAGGCGUUGCGUGCACAAGUUAAAGACCUGGAGGAGAAGUUGGAGACUCUGCGGAUGAAACGAACAGAGGACAAGGCCAAGCUGAAGGAACUGGAGAAGCACAAGAUACAGCUGGAGCAGCUGCAGGAGUGGAAGAGCAAGAUGCAGGAACAGCAGAACGAGCUCCAGAAACAGCUCAAAGAAGCCAAGAAGGAAGCGCGUGAAGCGCAGGAGGCUAAAGACCGCUACAUGGAGGAGAUGGCGGACACUGCGGAUGCUAUUGAGAUGGCCACGCUGGACAAGGAGAUGGCCGAGGAGAGAGCAGAAUCCCUGCAACAGGAGGUGGACAGUCUGAAGGAGAAAGUGGAAGAGUUGACCAUGGACCUGGAGAUCCUCAAACAUGAGAUAGAGGAGAAAGGCUCAGAUGGUGCUGCCUCCAGUUAUCAUGUGAAGCAGCUCGAGGAACAGAAUGGUCGGCUGAAAGAGGCGCUGGUCAGGAUGCGGGACUUGUCAUCGUCGGAGAAGCAGGAACACGUGAAGCUGCAGAAGCAGAUGGAGAAGAAGAACUCGGAGCUGGAGAGUCUGAGGGCGCAGAAGGAGAAACUGCAGCAGGAGAUGAAGGAAGCUGAGGCCACCAUAGGCGAACUAAAAGAUCAGGUGGAUGCAGCUCUGGGUGCAGAGGAGAUGGUGGAAACUCUUACUGAGAGAAAUUUGGAUCUGGAAGAGAAAGUGAGGGAACUGAAGGAGACCGUCAGUGACUUGGAAGCGAUCAACGACAUGAACGACGAGCUGCAGGAGAACGCGCGCGAGACGGAGCUGGAGCUGCGCGAGCAGCUGGACUUGGCCGGAGCACGCGUGCGGGAGGCCAACAAGCGUGCUGAGGGAGCCCAGGAGACCGUAGCCGACUACCAGCAGACCAUCAACAAGUACAGGGAGCUCACCAGCCACCUACAGGAUGUUAAUCGAGAACUGACCAGUCAGCAGAGUGCUACAGCUGAGCAGCUACAGCAGCCACCUGCCGACCUCUUCGACUUCAAGAUCAAAUUUGCUGAGACCAAAGCUUAUGCCAAGGCCAUCGAGAUGGAGCUCCGUAAGAUGGAGGUGGCCCAGGUGAACAGGCACGUGUCUCUGCUCACCUCCUUCAUGCCCGACUCCUUCCUGCGGCACGGCGGAGAUCACGACUGCAUCCUGGUGCUGCUGCUCAUCCCAAGACUCAUCUGCAAGGCCGAGCUGAUAAGUAAGCAAGCCCAGGAGAAGUUCGAUCUGAACGGCAACGUGGUGGAGCGCAGUGACCUGCGUGGACCAGUUGGGGAGCAGCUGAGCUUUGCCUCAGGCCUGGUUUACUCCCUCACCCUGCUGCAGGCUAUUCUUCACAAAUACGAGCAGGCACUGAAUCAGUGCAGUGUGGAGGUCUUUAAGCGGAUGGGAACCCUGUAUUCAGAGAUGAGUGUGCAUGAACGUUCUCUGGAUUUCCUCAUUGACCUCCUGCACAAAGACCAGCUGGAUGAGACCGUUCAAGUGGAGCCCCUCACCAAGGCCAUCAAGUAUUACCAGCAACUGUACAGCAUCCACCUGGCUGAGGGGGCGGAGGAUUGCACCGUGCAGCUGGCCGAUCACAUUAAGUUUACCCAGAGUGCCCUGGACUGCAUGGGGGCAGAGGUGGGGCGUCUGCGUGCCUUCCUGCAGGCGGGACAGGAAGGGGCAGAGCUUACACUGCUGCUCAAAGACCUGGACACUUCCUGUGGUGACAUAAGGCAGUUCUGUAAGAAGAUCCGGAGGAGGAUGCCUGGCACUGAUGCCCCUGGCAUACCCCCAGCUCUCUCCUUCCCUCCACAGGUGAGCGAGGCUCUGGCUGAGAGCCGUAAGCAGCUGGGUCGCGUGGUGGCUGUGUUACAGGAGGUGGCAGCAGCAGGAGCUCAGAGCAUCGCUCCUGUCGCUGAGCAAGAGGGACUCUCUGCCCUCAAACUGGAGGACAUUGCCUUCAAGGUCCUGGAACAGGUUUAUGGUUCUCAUGGUCUGAACCCUCAUGAUUCUCUGCGUGAGUCAUGCAACACUGUCAUAGCAACUAUGAACAAAAUGGCCACAGCCAUGCAGGAGGGAGAGUAUGAUUCAGAGAAGCCUCAGCGCAUGCCACCUCCAGUGGAGGCUCGUGCCGCUGCUCUAAGAGCUGAGAUCACUGAUGCUGAGGGUCUCGGUCUCAAACUAGAAGACAGAGAGACCGUUAUCAAAGAGCUCAAGAAGUCCCUCAAAAUUAAGGGAGAGGAGUUGAGCGAGGCCAGUGUGCGUCUGAGCUUGCUGGAGAAGAAACUGGACACAUCUACAAAAGAUGCAGAUGAGCGUGUGGAGAAGAUCCAGACCAAGCUGGACGAAACCCUCACCCUACUGAAGAAGAAGGAGAAGGAGUUUGAGGAGACUAUGGAUGCUCUGCAGGCUGAUAUUGAUCAGUUGGAGGCAGAAAAGGCAGAGCUGAAGCAGAGACUGACCAACCAAUCACGUAUGACCAUUGAGGGUCUGCGUGGACCACCGGCGUCUGGCAUCGCCUCUAUCGUCACAGGAGUUGCUACAGGAGCCAUGGUCUCUGGCAUGGGCGGUGUAUCAGGUGCAGUGCAGGUGGUGGACUCUCCUCUACUCAGGCAGCAGAUUGAUGUGCAGAGACUCGCCAUCAGACACCUGAAAAAUGAAAACUACAGACUCAAGGCUGAGAAGAUGCGGGCUCAGCUGGCGUCCCUGCCCCCUCUGAGUGUGCCCAACAUGGGUGGCACGAUGAAGGAGGGCUCGCUGGCUGACGGACCUUCUGGAGCACUCUACCGCAAGACGGACCUGCUGCUGAGCAACCUCCUCAAGAUGAGCGCCGGUGUCAGAGUGGUGGACAUCACAGGCAAAACACCUGUAUGUGCGAGUGCUCAGCUGCUAGAACAGACUGCUAGGCUGCAGUCUCUCAGUGAUGCCCUGGACAAACUGAAGAGUGAGGUUUCGGAGCAAGUGGUAAACAAACAGUCAGGUGCUCCAGUUCGCUCUGAUUUUGCCACGUUCCCCUCAUCAGCCUUUGUGAAGGCAAAGGAGGAAGAGAGGCAGGGCACUGUUCUCGUGGGUAAGGUGAUGAUCCCAUGUGUUCGUGGUAAAGAGCAAGCCCACUCCCUCGUUUUAUCUCAGCAACAGCUUCAGCAUGUGCACCGCCUCCUCAUGACCUAAGCGUCUACCUGUUGGUCAGCCUUAACAAGGAACAGGCUUGCUAAGAAUCAGAUAUGCCCUUACACUGUACUUCCUAUUCUUUCUUUCUCACAGUCUCACUCAGGAACUGUAUUAUGACAGAAACUGGCAAAAAAAAUUAUUCCAAGCCAAAGAGUCACUUCUGUUUAAUAGCUGGUUGUGUCUGUACAAUCCUGCUUAAUGAUCAGCGUUUCGGGCAUCAAACAUUCUGAAUACAAGAAUCUCAGAAGCAAAAAUUCAAUUCCAGAACAUACCUCAAAAUGAAAUUCUUUUUGUGGAAAACCUGGCAAAAAAAGGAAACAAAACGCCAAUAUUUGUACUUGUUUCAUACCUGUGAUCUCCUUCACAUCAGUUUCAUUGAUGACUGGUGUUCAGAAUUAGUUUCUUAUGCAGUUUUUUAAAAAAUGUUUUUUUUUGCUAUAUUGGAAGAGGCUGUUCUGGAUUAUAUGCCUUGACCUAUUGAAGCUUGAGUUUAGAACUGGUAGCAAUACUUACACAUACUAAUGUGUGCAGAGGGAGGAAGAGGAACACUAAAUGCCUUGUUAAGGUUAAUGAUGGUGAAGUACGAAAAAGCCUGAAGAAGGAAGUCACCAUACUGGAGAUUUGCACUAAACAUCCACUUCUGUUUCCCUUUUAACCCAGCUAGUAGACACGGGAAGGACCAAACGCACCAACAUGAAAUAUUCCCUAUAAACCAUGUCAAUUUCAGUACAUUUUUGUCUGUUUAAUUAGAUACAAAAAACCUCCCCCAAAUUCUGACUGACUCCAUUCUCCUACAGUGUUGUUUCUACCACUAUAUGUGCUAUAAUAUUAUAGAUGUAUAGUUUUCUCACACCUCUAAAGUUUAAACUUCCUUUUUUCACAGUUUUAUGUGCAUAUUUUUCCCCUUUUUCAAUACGAUGCAUUUGGAGCCCUCAUAUCAAAUUUGCCAUAUUGAACUAUUUCUCCAUGUUAAAUAAAUGACAUGGGAAUAAGCAGUCUUGGUUCAUGUAGUAAUAUAUUUAAUGGCGUUUGCAACUAGAUUUUAAUAAAGGUGGAGAAUUUG